UAACGGCCCUUUCCAUUCUGGCCAUCCCUCUGUCACUUUAGCUGUUGGACAAUGAUUGAAUCAGAGCUGAGGCGUGCACGACAUAAGACAAGAAAAGAGGCUUAUUUUCCUUUAUGCCACCUCCAACCUCAUACCAACAAAGACAAAAGCGAGCGGGAAAUGACAACUGUGACUUUGACCCAACAUAUGUGUAUGGAAGGUUUAUUUUUGUCUCUUAUGUAGAAGCUAAAGUGACCUGAAGGUGUGCUGAGCGAGGACCAAAGACGAGCAAAAGCUUUCAACAGGAGGCAAACAGCAGAAAGAAGCUACUGGAGACAGCUUCUCACAGAAGAUAAGGAUACAAUUUCUGGGACAAAAACCCAAAAAAAUUGGACAAGACCUCUUUCAUAACAGUUGACGUUAUCAUGGAUAUUCUUGGAGGUGCACCUCGUGUUUUGGGCUAUCCUCGCCCUGUUGUGGCGCAGUUUGGGGCAGAUGCAACCCUACGGUGCCAAAUUGGUGGAGACCCUCAUCCGGAUGUCAUCUGGGAACGUAAAAACAUUAAAAUUCUGUCUGAGGGCCGGUACAAAAUCUCAGAGGAGGGAAACUCAUACUUGUUGACCAUUACUGGAGUUACCCAACAAGAUGCUGGUCAGUACAUAUGCAAGGCUAGAAACAGCGUAGGAGAAACCUACGCAGCAGCCUCACUCAAAGUGGAAGGAGAGCUUCUUGACAAUAAUGGAGAAUCGACACAACCAAACAGUAAUGGCAUAAAGGAAAAUGGGGACUUUGGGGAAACCCUAAAUGGCUACAAUAUGGUGCAGAAAGAGAAGGACAAGAACAGAGACUGCAAGUGGAAGAAUCAAGCAAAUGAUCAAUGGAAAGAGAUUGAUUUAACAUCAAAUGAUAAACCAAGAUUCCUCAUCAAGCCUUUGUCCCUGCGUGUGGAUCGUGGAGAGGAUGCCGCCUUCUCAUGUAAAAUCUGGGGCACACCUUUGCCUGAGGUGACUUGGGAGAAAGAUGGGAAGAAGCUCAAUGAUAUCUUUGAGAACUCUCACUUCAGUGUGAGCAUUCAAGACGGGCGCUGGUUUCAGCUCAAGAUAUACAGAACGCGCAUGCCGGACAAAGGCGUGUACACCUGCAAGGCCGUGAACUCUUAUGGCGAGGCCUUGGCGGGAGCUGUCCUUCUUGUCGAGCCCAUUCCAGAGCGAGAAGAGAGUAAAACGUCAUCCAACAGUUGUGUCGGCAGCCAGAGGUCACCCAAGCAAAGAGGCGGGCGGUUCAGUUUGUCAAAACUCGUCGAGGAGCCGCCCAUCAACCCGUCCAAAGUCAAAAAGUUUGUAGUGACAGAGGGGAAGCAUGCCAAGUUUCGGUGCUUUGUAACAGGCAAGCCCAAACCAGAGAUCAUCUGGAAGAAAGACGGGGUUCCUUUGGAACCCGACAGACGACACUUGGUAUUUGAGGAUCGGGAAGGCUACUACACGCUGAAGGUUCUCUACUGUAAGAUGCAGGAUACAGGGCUAUAUGUAUGUGGCGCAUCAAACACUCUGGGAAACACCCUGAGUGCUGUUCACCUGACUGUGAAAGGGCCUGCAGUGCGGUUUAGACGGCCAUUAAAAGACGUGGAGGUAAAAGAGAGGGAUGUCGCUGUGCUGGAGUGCGAGGUGCCUGAUGAGAUGAUCCCAACUGCCUGGUACCUGGAGGACCAGAGGUUGAUGCCUAGCAGUAAGUAUGGGAUGGAACAGAAAGGGACUAGGCGAAGACUCACCAUCCAUGAUGUUGGAAUGGAUGACGAUGGGGUUUAUCUUUGCGAGAUGCCAGAUGGAGCAAAGAGCAUUGCCGAGCUAGCAGUAAAAGGCACAAUUGUUCGUAAACUACCUCGGAAACUGGAGGUGCUGGAAGGCGAGAACGCAGCGUUCUGCGUCGAGGUUGAGAAUGAUGAAAUGGAGGUCCACUGGUUCAAAGAUGGUCUGAUGCUACACGAGACACACCAGACCAUCCUCAAGGCUUUUGGCAAGACCCACAUCCUGGUUUUUGUCAACGUGGCCUAUCAUGACUCGGGGAUUGUGACGUUUGUCGCAGGAAGAUCUAAAAGCUCCUCACGACUCAAAGUCAAAGCAACCAGACACAGCCCGCCAAUCUGUCCUGUGGGUGUCAAAAUGGACAUAGACCGACCCAACAGUGCUCUCUUCUCCUGGGAGCCUGCGCCCAACAGCCAGACUACCACUCGCUCCAUGUUUGUCCUUGAGAGAAAGGAGAUUGGUUCUCAGGAGUGGCAGAAAUGCUUCACCUCGGAGACCGUCACCUCUGCUGAAGUUUCCGGUGACAGCGUUCCGUGUGAAGGCGACUAUCGUUUUCGGGUGUGUUGCGUCAAUAAGUACGGACGCAGUGGCCACGUGGAGUUCCCCAAUGUAGUCCAUCUGGUCCCAGGGCCCAAGAUUCAUAAACAUCUCCACGGGUGUGAGGUGAUGGAAGGAGAGGACGCUCAAUUCUCCAUCGAACUGUCCGCACCGAUGGUUGGAACCUGGUUUCUGAACAGCUCCCAGCUGCAGCAUGGUGGAAGAUAUUCGGUGCAGUUGAACCAAGCAAAGCACUCUUUGGUGAUCCAUGAAGCCGGAACCGCUGAUGACGCAGCAGAAAUCACAUUCAUCGCCAAUGGAGUGAGGGAUUCAGCUGUGCUGAAGGUUAAACCCGCUGUAUUCAAGUUCAUCCCUCUGUCAGACCUGGAAAGCAGUAAGAGAGUGGAAACCGGUGACGCCAUUGUGCUCUACUGUGAGGUCACCCAUCCUUUCGCUAAGGUAACCUGGUUUAAAGAUGGUGAGAAACUCCAAGUGAGAGAUGGGCUAAACAUCCAAUCAGACGGGAAGAUGAGAAGGAUUGUGAUACAGUCUGCUGAAGCAUCUGACUCCGGAGUUUACACAUGUCAAACUUCAGGGGAUGUCAUCAAAUUCAACGUGGACGUUGAAGGACCUCCAGUAGAGUUCAGUCCAGCCUCUCAGGAGGAACUUCACAAGAACAGCAUGGAAUUAGACCCUGUGGUUCUGCUUUGCCACGUCUCCAGAGAUGACGCUGAAGCUGCUUGGUAUAAAGAUGGCUGUGAGAUUCGGGCUAGUGACAACAUUACCCUGCAGGUGGAGGGUACCAUGAGGAGGCUAAUCAUCCGAUCUGCAGAGGCUUCAGAUGCUGGACAUUACACCUGCAAGUCUGGGAACAACAGCUUAGAAUUUACAGUCAAUGUCAGAGAGCCUCCAGUGACAAUUGUGGAACCUAAAGAUGACGUUGUGAUGACAUGUUACCUAUCAGAGGAGAUCAACUUGCAGUGCGAGUUAUCUCGGUCCAAUGGGAAGGUCCGUUGGUUUAAGGAUGGUCAGGAGGUGCAGGAAAGCGACAAUAUGCAGCUAAGAUCGGAGGGUCCUUACAGGAGGCUGACCAUUCACUGUGGCUCAGCAGUGGAUAGUGGAGAGUAUGUCUGUGAAACAGAUGGAGACUCUAUCUUCUUCCAGAUAACUGUUACAGAGCCUCCUGUAAGAAUCAUCUCUCAUUGUGAACCCGAGGUGGAACUCACCCACGUUGCACCAGAGAGACUGGAACUGUGCUGUGAAGUGUCCCAGGCAGAUGCUCCAGUUCGAUGGUACAAAGAUAGUUUAGAGGUAGAAGAGAGCCCCAACUUGAUACUGGAAGUAGAUGGGGCCCAACGACGACUAGUUAUACCUUUAACAACUGUCAGUGACACAGGAGAGUAUAUAUGCGACACUGAAAAUGACUCAGUUGCCUUUCUUGUUAAUAUCACAGAGCCACCAGUGAUGCUAAGUCGACCCAAAAACUUGCCAGACAAACUGGAAUGUUUUGCUGGUAAACCAAUCGUUCUAGAGACUGAGGUGUCACGUCUAACAGCAGAUGUCAAGUGGCUACUCAAUGGCAAAGAAAUAGAGCAAAGGAGUAAUAUCGCAAUCACAGAAGAUGGGAUCUUUCGUCGUUUGACCAUCAACUCUCCCACUCCAAACGAUUCUGGGAAAUACACUUGUGACGCUACAGAUGAUAAAAUUGAUUUCCAGGUGAAAGUUUCAGAGCCGCCUGUGAAAAUCUUGAGAAAGUGUGAGAUCAAGACAGAUCUAAAGUUUCUAGUUUCAGAUGACAUUGUUCUUGAGUGCGAGCUCUCUCCAGCUAAUGGAAACGGCAAAUGGUACAAGGAUGGUUGUCAAGUUCAGGGUGAUGAAAGGUUCUGUGAAGAGGAGGAAGGUGCAUUCCGGUCGCUGGUAAUCCUUAAUGCAGAACUUAAAGAUUCAGGGGAAUAUUUCCUAGAUGUUGGGGAUGACAGUAUCAGCUUCCACGUUAAAGUAGAAGAACCUCCCGUAAGCAUUGUAGGAAACUCAUGCGACCCUGAUUACCAGGAAUUGAUGGGAGGUGAUGACCUGAUAUUGGCCUGUGAGUUGUCCCGUGCUAAUGCCCCAGUCCAGUGGUACUGUAAUGACAGGCUUCUCACCAGCGAUUCCCGUACCACCAUUGAAUGCUAUGGAAGUCUGAGAAAACUUAUUAUUUCAAACAUCCAGCCCUCGGAUUCUGGAAAGUAUGUGUGUGAUGCGGUGAAUGACAAGAUGGUCAACAUAAUCCGUGUUCAAGAACCUCCGGUUACUUUUGUCAACAAGGAAGAUGAUGUGGUUGUCAUAGGUUACGAAGCUGAGAGCGUGACUUUAAUGAGCUAUGUGUCCAAAGAAAGCGCGGUUGUACGCUGGCUCAAAGACUGGACACCAGUUGAAGGGGAACGCUUUCGAGAACUCAUGGACGGCCAUAAACGGAGUCUUACCAUCCAACCUUUAAGGCGGUCUGAUGCUGGUGAAUACACCUGUGAUGUCAACACUGACCAGAUGCACUUCAGUCUACUAGUGAAAGAAAUGAGGAUAAAAUUUGUGCGUCCUCUCCAUGACACCGUGGCUCAUGCUGACGGCAUGGUGACACUGCACUGUGAAGUGUGCAAACCAAAAGCAGAUGUCCAAUGGCUUAAGAAUGGCAUAGAAGUAGUUGGAAGCAGGAGAUUCUCCAUUCGAGCUGAUGGUGUUGAGAGAAGCUUGACCAUCCAUCGUUUAACUCAUGAGGAUGCGGGGCAGUAUGCCUGUGAAUCCAGAGAUGAUCGGACCGCCGCAAUGCUAAGAGUGGAGAUGCCUCGAGUUGUUGAGUUUCUUACCGAACUUCACAACACAACUGUGCUAGAAGGAGAAGAUGCCACCUUUAAAUGUGUUGUUUCUCCUGAGGAUGUUUCCUUGCUUUGGCUUAUGGACAACGAACCAAUGACUUUAGGGGAUCGCUUCCAAGCAAGUCAAAAUGGAUUGUGCCACACCUUGCUGAUUAAAAAGUGCCAGAUGAUAGACUGUUCCAGGAUCACAGCAGAAGCUGAAGGAAAAGUGAGCAAGGCUAGUCUCAAAGUUCAGGAAGCUCAAAUCACGUUCACCAAGAAAAUGGAACCUGUGACAGCAGAAGAGUUUGAAGAGGCUACCCUAGAGACAGAAAUCAACCUGGAGACUGGUGAGGUUCAGUGGAUGAGGCAAGGGGUGGUCAUCCAGUCUGGUCCUCGUUAUACCCUGGCCCAGAAUGGCUGUAAAAGAAGCCUAACUAUUCACAACCUGAACCUGUCGGACCGAGGAACAUACCGCUGUGAGACCCUGCAUGAUCGGACACAGGUCAAACUGAAUGUAGAACCCCGAAAGAUUUCCAUCUGUAAAGGCCUAACGGAUCAAGAAACAUUUGAACGGGAGACUGCCUCCUUUGAGGUGGAGCUCUCCCAUACAGACGUGGAAGGCAUCUGGCAGAAAGAUGGCAUCCGCGUAAAGCCAAACAAUCAGUUUAGGGUGAGCAUCAAUGGGCUGGUCCACAGCCUUACCCUGACAAACUUAACUCUGGAGGACACAGGCACCAUCGCCUUCUCGGCUGAAGGAGUGCGAUCGACUGCAAGGCUCACAGUUAAAGAGACCCCUGUGGCCAUCCUGAAACCACUGGCUGAUGUUCGCGUGGAAGAAGAAUUUCCAGUCACUCUUGAGUGUGAAUUUUCCAGACAAAACGUUGAAGUCAGAUGGCUUAAGAACGGAGACGAGCUGAAGCCAGGGAAGAACCAUCGAAUCUAUUCCAUGGGUCGAAAACGGUUCUGCCAGAUCCUUCAAUGCUCUGUUGCUGACUCUGGUUCCUAUACAUGUGACACAGGCGAAAUAAGCACCUUCUGCUCUUUGGAAGUUUAUGAGCACAAGUUGGAGAUAGUACAGGAUCUUGAGGACCUUUACAUCCAGGAAGACCAGAACGCUGUGUUUAUGUGCGAGGUCUCCCUGGAGGAUGUGGCUGGGGAGUGGUACAAGAAUGGUCACAAGAUCAGGCCCAGUAGCACCACAAAGAUCCGCACAGAAGGGCCCAAACACUUCCUGCUGAUAUGCAAUGUUAAAGCUGAGGAUGCUGGAGAUAUUCAGUUUGUAGCAAGGGAUGUCAAGUCAACCGCCUACCUUGAGGUAGAAGAGCUCCCAGUUUCCAUUGUAAAACCACUGCGAGACAGAACAGCCCUGGAGACCCACCGAGUGAUCCUUGAAUGCACCGUUUCCUCCCCUCGCUGCAGUGCAACCUGGUACAAAGGCAAACAGGAACUACAUUCUUCAGAUAGGAUGGAGAUUAUAACAGAAGACUGUUCCCAUAAACUAGUAAUCCACCAGGUUGCUGUGGAGGAUGAGGGAAUUUACAGUAUUGAGGUUGGAGAGCAUACAUCCAAAGCAAAACUGAUGGUUGAAGCCAAGGCUCUUGUGAUGGUGAAAGACCUUGAGAAUGUCCAGGUCACAGAGCCGGAGUCAGCUUCUUUCCAGUGUGAAAUCUCCGUUGACAUCGACAAACCUCCGGUUUGGACUUUAAAUGGAGUGACCCUUCAAUCAUGCCCUACUGUCCGUCUGGAAGCCCACGGGACAGUCCACAAACUCACUCUGAGGGACACGAGCGUGGACAUGAGUGGGACGGUCAAGUUCACAUUGGGCAAAGUCAAAAGCAGUGCCACGUUGACUGUGAUUGGAAAGUAGAAGGACUACAAAGUGUCUCUUGAAAGCAGAAAGCAAACAGGAAUCAAACUAACCCUGCAUAACUGGAUGGCCCUCACUUAUUCCGUCUGUUUUUAUCAAAUGGUGAGAGGCUAGACAGAAUAGACAGUUAUGCCAGUAAUUAUACAAUUUUUAUAAUAGAAUACUUACAUUUCAAUAUUUUUAGCUGAUUUUACAAUAAAUUAUUACAUUUCAAUGAAAAACAAUUAGGUUAAAAGGUGAUGGUGCAACUCAAUAAGUAUUGUUUUUCCACCAGUGCCACUUUCUAAUACCACCAAAGUCCUAAUGUAACGUUGAAGCAGUUACUCUGUUUUUAAAGCCUACAUUGUAAAAACGUUGACUGCCUGUUUUUCAAAAGGAACUGUUUAGACUAAUGCUUACCAAAACAUUAAGAGAAAUGUCUUCUUUAGGAACUGUUUGGAACUCAAAGUCUUUGCUUCCGACAUGACUGCAUACCAGUGCAAAAAGCAAGGCCAGAAGACAUGAGUGAUCAAAUUCUGUAAGGACUCCCAACUCCGGACAUCCCUUAUCAGUACAACACACCCAAUACUCCCAUUAAUGCGUUCCCAAAAAGCUUGUGAACCCCUUCCAGAAGAGUUGAAACGUUUAUAUCCACAUAGGGUAACCUGGGGCCAUGUUAAUGGAUUUGUACAAAAUAUAUCAUUGACAUCCAUUUCCAUGCAAGACCAACUGAUCUAAUAGUUUUGGAUGUUGACUAGCAUGAAUAUGCAUCUGUCCCACUGUGACUUGCUUGGUCUCUAUUCAGUGCUGACAGAUCAGAGUUGCUAGUUUGACAAAACAGAUGCUAAUCAUACUCUUAAUUAAGAUUUAAUAUCUGAAUGUGCAGUAUUUCUAGUAUUUUGGAGGACUAAAAUGGAGUCAAAAUGAAGCCUAAUUUUUCAUUUGGAUUUUCAGAUAACGAUUCAAGAAAUAAGCAUGUAUUAGAAAGAGCAUUAAAACUUGUUGCGUGCAGGGAUACUGCUAACGUCCGUUUACCAGCUGAGAAUUUAAACUUCCAGCCUUCAUAGUUUUCGGCAUUUAACUCAUUUGACCUGCUAAAACCAGAUGUUUUGGGCGCUGAAAUAUUUACUAAAGCAAAAAACACUUACUGGUUUCCAAGAUCCUAGCCUGGUGAAAACCAAGCCCUUGUACUACACUUUGCUUCCUGCAGAGGUUCUCCUCCAGAAGUUCUGGGGGGAGGGGGUUUUGCUCGACGCUGCAAAUGAAAAAUCUGUUGAGGUUUGAAAUUGUACCCAAUUGCUAACAUGACCGAUGCAUGCGCCAAUUCGGCGCCAAGAAGCUUACCAGCUGUAAACCAACAUCAUCUGCAAAGAGAGAGUGCCUAUCCGAGGGAGGCAACUGUUCGUGUCAAUUCAGUAUUUGGAAGCGUGGCCAAAACAGACCGAACAACUUUGUUCCCUUCGGCCGCUGCCAUUUCUAAAAGUACAUUCUAAUACGGCGCAACAAAUUUGCGUCAUUGUCCUUCUGUUCGCUGAGUGGCCCUGCCAAAAAUCGACCGGAAACAAUCCUAGUCAAGGGGAGAAAGCCCAGACUGCUUGAUGCCAGAACUUUUAUUUAUUUAUUUAUUUGAGCAGAAUUUCACCGACAGUUAAUGGUCAACCUCGCAAGAUCCGUGUCUGAAACAAAACAUCCCAAUUUAUAUAACAUAUUCACUAUAUUACAUUUGAAAACUUUCUUCAGUAGAGGUUUGCCUUCCUGACCACUGCUUCUGUAACUCCUCGCGCCCUUUAUGCAGACGAGUAACUACUAUAGCAAAUACAUAAAUUCACGGAACGUUAUAUCGUUAGAACAAGUAAUUUUCUCAUUUUAGGAAAUAUAUAUAAACACACACACACGCAGAUAUAUAUGUAUAUAUAUCCGCGUGUGUGUUUUUAAAGUUAUGUUACACAGCAUAGACAUAGAAAAGUAGGGAAUUUAGUUCAUCCUUAUUUUAAACAAUAUUGUCAGAAUUGCCAUUUCUAAAACUACACUGAUGAAACAUUUGGCUCAUUUACCACAAAAUUGCCUUUAUUGGACAUUUUAGCCAUCAUAUUGCUUUUUGCUUGUAUUGUGCAGAACACUGCGACCCAGAACUGUAGUUUUUAAUGCAGACAAUAAAUCCCAACAACUGUAGACGUCUGAUUGAUUUUCAGUAUAUAUUUGUAUUUAGAGAUCGAAAGAAAAGCUGACUGAAAAAGCAAAGAUUUCAGGCUGGAAAACCGUCAGAAUCCCAUUUUUAAAACACAUUUCUUUGAUCCUCUGAUCCUCUUGAACAGAAAAUGCUUUACAAAGUAGCACUUGGACCAUCUUGCAAUCAGCAUUUAUGGAAGAGAGAGAAAAAGAUGGCAAUAUUACAUACAGUCAUACAUUAUUUGGCAUGAGAAAACCAACAAAAGUCAAAAAUUAGGUUACAUCUAUUAAAUCAUGAGUACAGUAAAAUGAAUAUUCCAUAUAUAUUAAUGAAAUUUGUUUGCUUUAUUACUGUGCAAAACAACAUAUACAUAUCUAUUAAUGUGUAAGAAGUACAGUAUCAGCAAAUGGGCCCCAUAGUGAUGCAAUACUCACAAAUGUAAUCAGAUGACCAAACGACUUCAUGUUCCUAUAAAUACUUUGCCAAUGAAUUGAAAACAGCGUCAUUUCUGAAUCUAACACACGUGACAAUGGCUUACACGGAAAAACACAUCUUAAAACAGUUACCCUGUUAUGUGCCUAAAACAGUAAGGUACUAUAUUUUCAGUUAUCUGUGGACGAUUCUGAUCCAUAUUCUACCAAUAUACAAGGUAUCCAACCAAGUCUUGCAUAGAAAAAAAAAAAAGAAAAAGAGUUGAUUGGAAAA